UCAGAGUGUCCCUUUACAUCAGGUGUGCCUACCAGAGUGCCCCCUUACAUCGGUUGCUCCCAUCAGAGUGCCCUCUUACAACAGCUGUCCCCAUCAGAGUGCCCCUUUACAUCAGGUGUCCCAAUCAGAGUGCCCCUUUACAUCAGGUAUUCCCAUCAGAGUGCCCCUUUAUAUCAGGUGUGCCUAUCAGAGUGCCCCCUUACAUCAAGUGCCCCUUUACAUCAGGUGUCCCAAUCAGACGGCCCCUUUACAUCAGGUAUUCCCAUCAGAGUGCCCCUUUACAUCAGGUGUCCCAAUCAGAGUGCCCCUUUACAUCAGGUAUUCCCAUCAGAGUGCCCUUUUACAUCAGAUGUCCCAAUCAGAGUGCCCCUUUACAUCAGGGAUUCCCCAUCAGAGUGCCCCUUUACAUCAGGUGUCCCAAUCAGAGUGCCCCUUUACAUC